AUGCUACAGAGAACGGCUUCUUUCCACGAUGAAAAAACGGAAGAGGAAAACGCGCAGAUCUGGAAUGCCCCCGUACUCCAAAAACGCUCCACCGCAGAUGACAUCUCAUUUGACGACCAGCAUCCUCUGCUUGACGUUGAAUACUUUGACCAUGAUGUCGACACGUGUCUGAUUUCAUCGACCGACCGGUUCCAUUCUCCGUUUCUUUGCGAGUGGGUUGAUAUAGCCAGUAUCGGGUCUGGCCUUGAGGCUACUCGCCUAGGACCGCCAAAAUCAGUCAUGGAAGAUACCGGAGACAUGAAACCCUGGUUGGAUGGCAUAUAUACUCCCGGCUUCAACAGUGGCUCGACUGCCCGGAAAGCAUCACUGUUCGAUAACUCUGUCAUCAAGAUAACAGAUCUAUGCAGAGCGAAGUCAAGUCCGAAGGACGGUUCAAGUGUUGAAUUGGCGCCAACACUUUCGACCAGCCGAGAAAACCCAACAAGCACUUUGCGUGAUCACUCUGCUUUUCUCCCUACAAACCCUGGGUCACUGAAGCUGGAUCCCGAGCCGAGACCGUCAAAACAGCUGUUCGUCUCCGACAAGAGUCUAUCACAAGCUAAAGAGGCCGAUGAUGCUGAUAACGAGGUGAAAGGGCACGUUUUUGACAAGCUGGUGCAGAGGGCCUACCAUCUUCUUGGCUACAGUCCCUCUGAUGUAUCAGAAACCAUCUCAGUAUCCAGCAGCAGCAGCCCGAAAGAGUGUGCUGAAGAAAGCAGCGAUCGAUCCAUUGCAAGCCACGGUCAUGGCACGAGAGCAGAAGAACUUUACAGCCGUCCCGUGGAUGCCGGCUCCUCCUCUCAAGGCAAGUCAAACGCGAAACGCACAGAGACUGGCGCUCGAACUUCCGAUAGCACUGUGGGCUCGCCGCUUUCCAACUCGGCUGAAACAAGGAAAAGAGAUAGCCCCGGUGACGAACCAAAUGGCGACGAUGGGAGGAAUGGUAACAAGCGGAGAAGAGGCCCGAAGUCCUGCAACGGCAGCCGACGCGGGCCCAGUUUCGAUACGAUAUCCCGGUUGAAGGAACACCUCUACCGCGUCCACAUGGGCAGUGCUGAGGGGGACAGCAUCUGCCCCAGAUGCCGCCAAACGUUUGAGAGCGCAUUGGAUCUCGUAAGGCACUUGGCGAGAGCCGACCGGUGCGUUGAGGCUGUGGUACCGCGGCAGGAAUACGGCCUGGGGCAAGAUCAGGUUGAUCGAUUGAGGAGCAGAGAUCGUGGCGUUGACCCCGAGGACAAGUGGAGACACAUAUACCGGAUUUGCCACCGUCUCCCCGACGAUGCCGAAACGCCUUCGCCUUGUAAGUUCUUCGAAGCGCGUCUUUCUCACUGUGCUGAUGUCAUUGGUAGACUGCGAUCAGGAAUCUCUGGCAGACCAGGCAGUCGAGGAUAUGACUGGUAUCAACGCCAGCAUCUACCUGGAUUGAUCCAAGAACAGCUGGAACGAGAACCGGACAUCAGGGAUUUUGUGGAACGGUUCGGAGAGCGUCUCCCAGCUAUCAUCCGUGACUGUCAAAACAACCUUCACCGAAGGUUCAUCGGUCCUCGAAGAAGUGUGGAUGCUACGGACAACGUUCAGUCCACAAUACGCCAGCAAAACAGCGACGUGAAGGGAUUGGCAUCACAUCAGCACCCUGCAACCCUGCCCGUGGCUUUCGAAGCAGCACCCAAUACCGACGACGGUAUGACUUCAAGCAAGGUCCGGCAAGUUCACGCACUCUCGGUCCAGGGGAGUGAUCGCGACAGCGAUUCUGCAUACGGUUCUAGUGUCUUCGGUCCUCUUCAAUCAGAGCUCCCGUAUGAGCAAGGCCAUUCCAAUUCGAAACCAACGUCAUCACACGACAUGUCUCACCCCGAAAGCUUUGCUCGUCAACAACAGCCUUCGCAAUCCUGUCACGAUCUGCCAGAAAUUAGCGUCGAUGAUUCUGUGCAAGAGUCGAAUGUACAAAUCAGGCGUCAGGCCAGCGCGGCUGACCAUGUGGGCAGUCUUCAGCUGUCGGACUACAGCCAGUCUCCUUUCAGCCUCGGUCAAAGCUUCCUGCCGCAAAACGGUAAUCCGGAAAGCAAUACUGGCGGAGUAACUUGGCAGGAUGACCUCGACUGGAGUUUAUUCGAGGAUAGCGCUCCUGGUACGAAACCUUCAUUCGAUUAUCCAAUGCUCUGCGAGGCAGAAGUCACUGAUAGUCUAGAUCCAGAUUUCGACUUCGAGGGAGAUGCCAACUAA